AUGCAAUUUUACACGUAUCCAUAUUUUCCUACUGGCUAUUGGCCUGGCGAAACUCCUUCCUAUUCUCAGGCCUUUGCCAAUGUCCCACAAUCACAAACUGUUUCGACAACAGUUGACAAUAGCAUGAAUUUAAUGGGUCGAUUAAUUGAUAAAACAAAACGGACUCCUGCCAUACGAACAAUAACAAAUGAAAAACCUCCACAAUCAAUAGUACCAAUACGAAUACUUGAACUAGACGCUAAAAUAGAAAAUCGUCCGACUAUAAUCGAUGAAAAGAAUCCAGCUGUUUUAAAAUAUCGAACACCACAUUUUCGAUCUACAGCUACUAUUCUAUUUCCUCCACUAGAAGACGGGGCACAUUGGAAAAUUGGUUGGAUUCAAUCAUGUCGACGCAUGGAUUUUUUAAAUUCAUAUGGCGAUUGUGGUUAUUCAAGUUGGGAAUUUCCUCAAUUAGUGUCUGGUCAAAAUCCAAUGAUAUCAGAUUCUGAUGGACGCAAUUAUCCAUUUUAUGGUUCCAAAUCUGAAGUAAGCGAACUUCAUGGACCAUGUCUAGAUUACCAAACAAUAAAAGUUAUUAUGAAUGAUAAUUUUUAUCCACAUAUAACAUGGGAUAUUCCCACAAGUAAUGAACGUUUAUUACGUUUAACAAAUGUAAAACGUCAUCAAAGUUUUUAUACAUGGCUUGUUGCAAUGAAUGUUAAAACUGGUUCAAUACUUGUACUUAAAACAAUAAGUUGGCAAAUGAACCUUGAAAUAAACGUUGAUCCAACGCAAGCGCAAGGCUCACGCGCAAUACUUAUUUCUGAUCCAGCACCGAGUCAACCGGAGAUUCUCAAACAAAAUAUUCGAAUCCCGACGUGUGUUCUUUACCCUCCAAAUGCAAAUAGUGCACAAAUUCUUGUUUGGCAUCCCGGUUGCCGUGUUGGUGAAAUUAGUAAACAACCUGAAAUUGUUGUACCUCCACGAUGCUUGUCUGUCUUACAUCAAAAUCCAUAUUAUGAUCAUUAUAUUCGACAUAAAACGCAUACUUCUAUUCAAAAUAAACUGAAUAGCGGAAGUUCAUCAUCAUCAUCAUCACCGUCUUCUGAGAAUAAAACUAAUUGUUCACAAUCAUCAACUACAAAGUCUUACUGUCGUCUCAUAUUUCCUCAAGUUUCUACUUCGAAGUCAUCUUCAGUACCGGGUAACCGUUGUUGUAACGAUCUGAAACAUAUGCUUGACGAUCAUGCUAGACUUGCUCAAGGUGUUAUAGUUCGAUAG